UCCAAUCAAUUACGUUGAAUUCAAUUCACUUAAACUUCUCGCGCGCUGCGAUAGAGGAGCAUUUAUUGAUAAUGAAUUCAGAUCCCUCCUCCUCCUCUUGCGCAUUAGGAGACAGCUGGCGAUGAGAGGACCAUCCCUCCACUCGCACAUCUGUCAUCUCGCGCGUGUUUUCCUCAAGCACUGCGGACAGAAAUCCGUAAGACGUGGCGGGAGGAGGAGGAUGCUGACCGCCGAGCUCUCCCGGUCCGCCGUGAAUUUUAAUGGGCGUUCGUGUCGCCGUCUCCGCUGAUUUGUGUGGAUACCUGCUCGGAUAUUAUCCAAGGCUCCGGGAUGAAGAGAAUGAACCCGCGCUGGAAGUCACCACCCAUGUGGCCGUCUGGAGUGGGCAGCAGGCAGCCGUGUCCCCGUGAAUCUGCCUUGCGCAGAGCGGCCAUCAGUGGGAACGUCCUUGCGCUCCCUCCGUUCCACGUCCCCACGGGCAGAAGUGUCCGGGUCUUCAUCUGUUCUAACCCUGACGACACAGAAGCAGAGAGAAAUGCUCUCAAAGAACACGUCUAUCCCAAACUGCGAGACUUCUGCAGGGAAAACUAUGGCAUUGAAUUUCAGGUGGUGGAUCUGUACUGGGGUAUUGAUCCAGAGGAAUGGGACAGUCCAGAACUGCAGAGGCUACGGAUGAAACUACUAGAGGAAUGUCUGCAGACUUCAGCUGGUCCAUGCUUUGUUGGGCUCAUCGGGGAGAAAUAUGGCAGCAUCCGGGUCCCAGGGGAGGUGGAGUCGGCCGAGUUCGAGAUGAUUUUGGAUGCGGCGGUGGAGGCGGGAUUAGACACGCGGAUCCUGGAGGAGUGGUACUGUCGGGAUGAGAACUCCGUCCCACCUGCCUACUACCUGAAACCAAAAGCUGAGAUGCUGAAGAACUACCAGAACUCUAUGGAGUCGAGCAGCGUAGCAAAGUCAAAGAACGACAAAGCGUGGAGGGCGGUCUCUGAAGAAAUCAAGAGGAUCUUCAGAACCUCUGUCUUACAACUACAGGAGAAGGGAACCAUGAAAAGCUGUCAGGCCAAGAAAUUUCUCUGCUCAGCGUUAGAAGAUGAACUUGACUUUGCACUGGGUAAGCAAACCCCAGCCUUCCUCAAGAAAUGCGUUUGUUAUAUCCGAAAGAUCUCCAACUUUGAUCGCUUCGCCAAACUCCCCGAGAUGGCACGCUACAUGGACAUCGUGGUGAGCGCGGACCGUAUCAUGAGGAACCAGGAAGCGUACGAGCGCCUUCUGAAGGUUCGAGAUGAGUUUAUUCCCAUGAUCGUGGCGGCGUCCAAUCUUCGGGUCUACUCGUCGGUCACUCAUUGCGACAUGAAACUCGGCUACUCGCAGGAAGUAGAAAGCCACUAUGUUGAGGGUCUCUGUAAACAGUUUUAUGAAGACAUGGUGGAUAUCAUACAGGCUACUGUUCAGCAGAACUUUGAUACAGAGACGGAUCUGCUUUACGACGAGACUAUACAGCAUCUGUCGCUGUGCAAGACUUUUUCAUCUUUUUAUGUUUACAAGAGCGAAGCCUUGGACAUGAUCCAGGAAUACAUAUACCCCUCUAAAGGAGGACGGAUGACACCCCUGGUGCUGUAUGGAGGACCCUGUACCGGAAAGACCUUGUUAUUGGCUGAGGUGGCAAAACAGGCCUAUUCAUGGCUGCAGAAAGAGUUGGGACCAGAGACAGACCCAGUGGUCAUUGUAAGAUUCAUCGGCUCCACUGACUUUUCCAUGGACCUCCGCUCCUUGCUACAGAGCAUUUGUGAGCAGAUUGCCAUCAACUACCGGUGCCUGAUUCAUUUCUUGCCAAACAAGAUUGAAGAGAUGAGGGAACUCCUGGUGAAUUUGCUGGGGGAGUCGUCAUUCCACCGACCACUUGUCAUCAUUCUGGAUGCCUUGGAGCAGUUGUCAGAUGCUGAUGAUGCUAGAAAGCUUUGGUGGUUGCCCGUCCACCUCCCACGUACUGUCCGUAUCGUUGUAUCCACCCUGCCCAACAAGCAUGGAAUUCUGCAGAAACUACGUUGCCUGAUACAUGACGAGAACGGUUAUGUUGAACUAAUGCAAAGAGACCGCAAAGCAUGCAGUCAGACCCUUAAACAGCAGCUGCUCGGCGUCAAAAGGAAGGUGACUUCUGGUCAGCAAAUAUACGUAAACGAAGCAUUGGCCAAAUGCACACUGCCCAUGUUUGUCAACCUCAUCUACCGCGAGGUAGUUCACUGGCGGUCACAUAAGGAUGUGGAUGAUAAAUCGUUGUGCUCCACAGUCCACGAAAGUAUUGAGCAGCUUUUCUACUCCAUUGAAAACAAGCUUGGCUCACGUUUUGUCUUUCGGGCGCUGGGCUAUAUCACAAUGGCACGUUCAGGGCUGACAGAGUUGGAGCUGGAGGACAUCUUGUCUUUAGACAACAGUGUCCUUGGGGACAUCAUGGUGAGCUCUAAUCUUAAAAGUCCACUGCGUAUUUCCUAUGACUUCAUUGCCAGACUUAAAGAGGAACUUGAAGGGUACCUGGUGGAGCGUCAGAUCCAUAAUGUAACAUUAAUGGUCUGGGCGAAUCGGCAUCUGCAUCUCAUAGCUCAAAAGCUAUACCUCAGUAAUGAAGAAGAUGUACAUCAAAUGCAUAGUCUUUUGGCUGAGUACUUCCUUGGGGCAUGGGCAGGCGGUAGAAAGAAGAUAUUCCACUGCGACAACAAUCACUUCGCCUCACUGAAUAUCUCUCAACAUCGAAACCCUCAUCAGCAAAGCCUUCAUGACAAGACUUCUGCUGACAAGCACUCCUAUGACAGGCAGACACCCGAACAACCCUGGGUGUUUCAGUGUAACCUGCUUGAGCCAGACAUCUUUUUUGUCAACCACAGAAAGAUGACAGAGCUAACAUACCACCUGACGAGAAGUGGCCGGACAGAUGAUCUCAUGUAUGGUGUCAUCAUGAAUUUCAGUUGGCUUUACACUAUGAUAAAGAUAGGGCAGUUUGACAAGGCCUUGACGGACAUUGAUCUAGCAUAUAGUUACUCGCAAGAAAAAGAGCUAAAGUUUCUCGCCACUACGCUCCGCAGCAUUAAGCUGAAAGUGACAAAGAAUCCCGCAUCCCUGUCUGCUGAGCUCCAACAAAGGCUCCUUCCUGUUGUCACAUCCCUUCCCAAACUCAGACACCUUCUUCUUGAGUGUGACAAGGAUGGUCCUAAAUAUUGCUCCAUUGUGCCACUGCACUCUUCCAUGGAUGUUAUGUACAGUCCUGAAAGAUUACCACUAAGUUCUAGCUACAUGCAAAUAGUGGAGAUUCUACCUACGUUAGCUCCAAACAUAGUCAUUGUGGCCCUUGAAGAUGGUUCUGUCAGCACGUGGGAUGUAGAGAGUAGACAGCUGAUAAGACAGAUAGACACGGCAAGGUCAGUUGUUCUUGGCAUCAAGCUAACCACAGAUGAGAAGUAUUUGGUAGUGGCCACUACAAAAAACACGCUGCUCAUUUAUGACAACCACAAGUCCUGCUUGCUGUCAGAAGUGGAUGUGAAAGGAUCCAAGCACUGUGGCAUUACUGGCGGUGUCGCAUUCAUCAAUGGAUUCACGUUGUCUAGCCACCAUGCCUUAGCUUGGCUGGAAGCCAGCAAGGAUGUCAAUGUGAUAGAUUUACUCUAUGGCUGGCCAUUGUUUCAAUUUCAUUGUUGGUAUGAGGUCACUUGUGUCCAGUGUUCCCCAGAUGGUAUGUAUGCUUUCUGUGGACAGUAUCUAAACACUACCACUGUGUUUCACCUUGGAAGUGGGGACAAGCUUGCCACAAUGACUUCUGAAUUCUCUGGUGGUUUUGUUAAAUCCAUCCUGAUUCUAGACACAAUCCAUCAAAUGGUGAUGAUUGACAAUGAGGGCAGUCUCUCUGUGUGGAACACCAAAGAUAUCACAAACCCGAAGCUAAUGGAAGAUUAUGACUGCAGAGGAGAUGACAGUGAGGUGGUGAGCAUAGAGCUCUCGGAGGAUCAGCGAUCCAUUCUCAUUUGCAAAGCGAGAAGCAUUGAGGUGCUGGACACCAAGAUCUGGAAGAUGGCAGAGAAGUUCAAGGCCAAACGUACCGAAAAGUUUGUGGCAGCUGUUCUCUCAAAGAAUAGUCAAAGUAUUAUAGCCUCCAUGGAGAACACUUCAUCCAUAUUUGUUUGGAGGAGAGACAGUGGACAGUGCAUGGCCAGCUUGAUCGAGAUAUCUGGAGCCAUUGUGAAGCUGAUCAAAUCUACACACCAUAACUUGCUGCUGUCUGUCGCCAGCAGUGGUGUGCUUUCUGUUUGGGACAUUGACAUUAUAACAGCUAUGUCAAACAUUGACAAAACAGGCAAACCUAUUCAAAUCUUACAGCUCUCUGGCAGAGAGGACUUUGUGUACACCAUGGAUGGGUCAGAAGUCAUUCACAAGUGGAACUACAGCACAGGUUUCAUUGAGAUGGUGUUCAAGCAUGAAGGACUUGUAGACCACUGUGUUCUGACAACAUCUGGUGACCUCAUGGUGACAUCUGAUGAUAAAAGUAGCCAGUACAUAUGGCACACAAACAACGGUGAGAAUAUAUUUCGCAUUAACGGCCAGAGGAUAUCGCAGCUUCUCAUCACACACAAUGACCAGUUUGUAGUCUCCCUUUGCGAACAAAAUGCAUCUCGUGUUUGGAGGCUCGCAACCGGUCACAAGGUUUGCAACAUUCUGGUUACACUCCAGAAUGCUCUCAUUACCACAGCAAACACGUUCCUUGUGGGCACCAACAAGAAUAAACUGUUGGCUGUUAGUUUGUGGUCAGGCAGUGUGUCCAAAAAGUUUAUCUGUGAUGAUGGGAUCUCAAUCGUUAACUUUAAAUUAAUCCCGGACAGUCCGGAUUAUGUGGUUUUCAUCACCUCCACAGAAACAGUUUUUAUCUGGAGUGUAGCUGAAGAGUCUGUUUGUAGACGGGUACAGCUGCCCAACAACUUCCUGAAGAACCUUGAAGAUUUCCAAAUAUCACCAAAUGGGAAAUUGGGGAUCGUUUCGAAAGGCGAUGAGAACAUCAACGUCCUAGACCUGCACAGCGGUAAGCUUCGUCUGGUCCACGCCGCUGGCAUAAUAUGGCGGCAAAAGCUCUCACGUGAUGGACGCUACUUAGUGUACAUCUGUUUUCGAAAUUGCGACGAAGACGAGGAAGCAGGCGUGGUUUCAAGUCUGAUCGUCAUGAGAUUGGCAGAUGGUAAGAGCAUCGGCACCUGUUCCCUCUACAAAACGCCAACCUAUCUGUGCCUAUCGCAGCGAGCGCUUAACAUCAUUGUGGGAUUUGAGGAUGGCAGCAUUGGCACAUACACAGUAGUGGACCGUGUGGAUGCAGCUUUGAAAAUCAAGAUCGCCACCUCAAACAGUCGCCAAAUUGUUAACAAUGCCUCGCAGAAAGUACGACCCAAGUGUAGCACCAAUGCCUUCAAAACUAUUGCGGACUGUGUGUGGAGGGAGUCCACGGAGGUUUUCUCUCGAGACAGUCCCAUCAACGUGUCCGAUGGUGGGGAGCCGGAAACCACAACGCCCACAAAGAAAGCUGAACUGCUGCAAUGAGAGUGCCCUUUUAGGCCUAGAAGAACAAGGUUUGGAUAAUGGGGAUUAUUGUUUACAGCAACUUUGAUUCAGCUGCACAGAUCAGUUCUCUGGGUAACACAACAACAACAACUGGCCAAUUGCUAUUAAGCUGCAACCAAUCACUUUGUUUUCUUUGUUUUCUCUGUUUAAUGUGUAAGUCGAGGUCAAUAUCAUAUUAAGGAACAAAUUCAUUCAAAUAUAAAUGUUAUUCAUUUCAAAAGCCAGUCAAAUGGGCUUUAUAUGAUGCGUUCUUCCUUAUUACACGUAUACCAAUGUGGCCAUAUAGUUCAUAUUUUGUAUAUGGGUUUAGUCCAAUCAAGCCAUAACGUCACUUUAUACAGAAGCAUAGAGAAAUGUAAUAUAUUUGUAGCCAUAUAAGAGUUGCUGCCAUUUUUGCUUUUCAUGUUUAUUUAUUAAUGUCCUCUGGUACUGUACUAAAAAGAAAACCUAUGUACAUAUAUGUACAUAUGUACUUUGGCUGCUGCAGUUUGUGCAACUACUUAAAAAUGUUAUGUUGUGCUAAAUGCAAUCAAAGUGAGUGCCUGGAUUUUAACCUUUUCCUUCUUACAGAAACCGGUGAAGAAAAAAAUGCAGGGAAUUUCUAAACAAAAACACCUUGAUACAUAUAUUCAUCAUUACGAAAAACAUUCUAUGAUUAAAAAAUAAUUUGGUUUAUUUGGCAUAGAGAGUUCGCUAGUAAAGAGCAUUGUUGAAAGUAUCCUGCUUUUAAGAAUAAAGGACAAAUUUAAAAUUCGUUUUAGUUUUUCUCUGACCAGAGUGGCAUGGAAAUGUGAUAUUUGCAGUAAAUGCCAAACAGAUGCUAGACAGUGUUAAAACCUUGUAUUUACCUCCACUUAUUGAUCAGCCAUUUAAAAAAAAGUGUAUUUGACCAAAAUUUGACAAAAAAAGAUAAAGAUCUUUCUGUUUACCGAACUGUUAUUUUAUUACCUCAGUGAAAGUAUUUGAACUAGCAUACCGAUGUUGAGAAAGUCAUCUUUUCACUUUACUUAAUGCGAGAGAUACACCAAAACGUGUAAUUCAUUGUAUCAAAAUAAUGUUAAGUAUUGAUCGAGGACUAUUGAGGAUUUAUGUGUAGCAUCUCAGCAGGUGUAUCUACGCCUUAAACAGUUUAAACAUCUUAUAUAAAUCUGUAUUUGUAAUUGUUAGCUUAUGUUCUUUGUGAGGUAAAGGUUGAACGUGUGCUAGAAAAAAAAUACUUUGUAUUUUCAUGUUAUAGAUGACUUGGAUAUAUUUAUGAAUAGAUACUACAUGUUAUAAACAAGGCUGAUUUAUGACUGGCCCAUACCGUACAUGGGUGCUGAAGAAAUGUGGGGUGGUUGCACUUUAUUUUAAACGUGUUGUUUACUAAGGUCGACAUUGAAACGAUGUAUGAUAUUAGAUGAAGUUUUUGCCUUCAGUUAUGGUUGUUCUCUGUCAUGUUGCAAAAGAAAGUUGUUUCAACAAAAUGGUUCGGCAUUCCCCAUUCAAACUCUUUUUUUUCCAUAACUCAAGGGCUAUUCCGUCAAAUUGUAUGUUUGCCUCUGGAAAUACUGAGACAUAGGCCCAUUUACAACCCAUAACCUAUAGCAGUAUUCAGGUCGAAUUAAAGCUGAAGUGUGUAAUUUUUUUCAAUGUUAAAUAUUUUUCCUUAUCUCAACUUAAUUUGCAAUGACUAUAGUGGCGUGGUGGCUGUAAGUAAGUCACUGUUAAAGAAACAUUCCACUUUUUUUGAAAAUAUACUCAUUUUGCAGCUCCCCUAGAGUUAAACAUUUGAUUUUUACCGUUUUGGAAUCCAUUCAGCUGAUCUCCGGGUCUGGCGCUAGCACUUUUAGCAUAGCUUAGCAUAAUCCAUUGAAUCUGAUUAGACCAUUAGCAUCGCGCUAUAAAAUAACCAAAGACUUUCGAUAUUUUUCUUAUUUAAAACUUGACUCUUCUGUAGUUACAUUGUGUACUAAGGCCCAUGGAAAAUUUAAGUUGCGAUUUUCUAGGCAGAUAUGGCUAGUAACUAUACCGUCAUAAUCAAGGACUUUGCUGAUGUAACAUGGCUGCAGCAGGCGUAGUGAUAUUACGCACUGCCCGAAAAUAGUCCCCUUGGUUACUUUCAAUAGCAGGGGACUAUUUUCGGGCAGUGCGUAGUAUAGUCCUAACCAUAUCUGCCUAGAAAAUCGCAACUUUUAAUUUUCUGUCGGUCUUAGUACACGAUGUAACUAGGAAAA